AUGGUGGGUUCCCGAUCCGGCCGGGACUCGGGAGGGGGAGGCGGGGGGUCCGGGAGGGGAGGCAAGUUCUCAGUGGAGGAACUCUACGGCCUCAACACCAACAAGAAGCCCAGGUCGGUGGGACCGCCGGUCCGGCUGCCGAAGGACCGAGGGCCCGGGCUGACGGAUGACUACCCGGUUACCGAGGAAGCCAGGGCGGCCUGGGAGAAGCAGAAGCUGGAGACCUUCCUCCGCGAAUGCCGCAUCUCGCUGGCCGACACGGUGUCCCAGCAGACCGGCAUGGUCUACAGGAACCUGGGGAAAUCAGGUCUCAGAGUGUCUUGUCUGGGUAUUGGAAGCUGGGUGACCAUUGGCUCCCAGGUUUCGGAAGAGGUUGCCGAGGACAUCCUAACCAUAGCCUACGAGAGUGGCAUCAACCUGUUCGAUACCUCCGAGGUCUACGCUUCGGGCAAGGCUGAAAUCACACUGGGAAACAUCAUAAAGAAGAAAGGAUGGAGACGCUCCAGUUUUGUGAUCUCCACCAAACUCUGCUGGGGCGGACAGGCGGAGACAGAGAGAGGACUCUCCCGCAAACACAUCAUCGAAGGCCUGAGGGGUUCCCUCCAGCGGCUGCAGAUCCAGUACGUCGACAUUGUCUUCGCCAACAGGCCUGACAUGAACACCGCCUUGGACGCACCCGUGCGGGCUGCAGGAUUUGCACCCCAGGCUGAAUCCUGGGACCGUUGUGUGUGA